CAGAACAAGUCAGUGUUCAGUGUUGGUGUGUGAAAUGUCUGUUCCCUUAUCAAGACUCAACUCUCUUAAUGUGCAGCCCAACUCAUUGAAUCCCACUGCCUCUUCUUUCAAUAUAGCCAGCAUGGCAAUCAACAACAGCAUCAGAUUCAACGAAGAACAUGAACAGACCAUCAAAAGCUUGCCAAUAAUCAAAAAUCUCAAUCUUUUUGAAUCAAAUUUGAAUCUGUUGAUUGAUUCAAUUCAAAGAUAUAACCCGAAUCAAAAGGCAUUGAAUGAUUUGUUGAAUUCUGAUUUGAAUGUUGAAAAUUCAAUAAAAUUGUUAAUUAAUCAUCAGAAUUUUGGAAAGUUAUUGAAUAAUUUAAGGCAAUCGAACGAAAAUUUGAAUAAUGAGCUACUAAAUAUAUUGGACGAGUUGAACCAAUGCAGAUCUAUCUUAUUGGAUUUGCCAAAUUCAAUUGAAACCCAGUUUCAAACUCCCAGUUUUGAUCAAACCACAAACAGCAGAAGUAAUAACGAAUCAUUAACAGUGGAUGAACUAUUGAAAUAUGCUGCUAGAUUGGCCAAAUUUACAACAAUUCCUGCUACAACUGAGUUUAACAUUGGUCCUGCAAAUUACAUAUGGCCUGGCGAGGAUUCCUUAAGAAAGGGAAUGUUGGCUGCUGCAUCAAACCAUCAGGAUCAAUUGAUAUCCUUAGAAUCGACUAAUAAACAACUGAGUGAGAUAGUUGAUUCCAAACCAGAAUCUCUAGAUAAUAAUUUUGAUAAUGUGGACAAACUUGAGGACUUGCACCAUCAGAAUAAUAUAAAUAGGCCCCAAUCUAGAAAUCACACAUCUUCCAAUAAUAUUAACAAUCCUCCUCCUCCUCCUCUAGCUCCAGCUCCAGCUCCAGCUCCAAUGAUAAACAAAUUUGCCUUAGAUUUGUAUCACUCAGAUGAUGAUGAUGAUUAGAUAGUUUUUAAAAUUUAACGAAAUAAUUUUACUAUUUAGUAUUAUUUAUGUACUAUAUAUCGAAAAUUUUAUAUUUUGCCUAAUAAAUAGAUAGAAAAAUGAUUAGCAUUGUAUGAAAAUAGAAAUAAAUUAAAAACUUUGAAAAACUUUUAAAACUGGAUAAUCGGAAAAUUAAAAAACCUUUAAAUUUAAAAACUUAGA